CACCGACAGCUAUUCAAUUUGGAUCUCUUCUAUUUUUAUUCUCAGGAACCACUUCACAAUGACUCUCUCUCUCUCUUUCUGUACCUAUCUAUAAUCUAUCCAUCUCUAUCUUUAUAAUAUUACACUCGCUGACACAGAAGCAUAAUAUAUAUACCGUGCAUGUGCAUGCCGUGUUUAUUUAUGCUGUUGAAGGAGACGCAGUUACUGUAGAAUUUGGAGCUGUGUUCAAUUAUUAGAAAGCUGCACAGAGGAUUUUGAGAUCUGGGUAUUGCUUUAUUUUGGUGGAGAAAAUGGGGAGUUCAGAAGAAAGAGUUGUUGCUGUUAUCAUGGUAGGUGGACCCACAAAAGGUACUAGAUUUAGGCCAUUGUCAUUGAAUAUUCCAAAGCCACUUUUUCCAUUAGCAGGGCAGCCCAUGGUUCAUCAUCCAAUCUCUGCUUGUAAAAGGAUCCCAAAUCUAGCACAGAUAUACCUUGUUGGUUUCUAUGAGGAGCGUGAAUUUGCACUAUACGUCUCUUCAAUUUCGAACGAGCUUAGAGUUCCUGUCAGAUACUUGAGAGAGGAAAAGCCACACGGAUCAGCUGGUGGACUGUAUAGCUUCAGGGAUUUGAUCAUGGAGGACAAUCCGUCACACAUUGUUUUGCUGAAUUGUGAUGUUUGUUGCAGUUUUCCACUGCCUGAGAUGUUAGAGGCUCACAGAAGAUAUGGAGGUAUGGGUACAAUUUUGGUUAUCAAGGUAUCCCCCGAGUCAGCAAACCAGUUCGGGGAACUAGUAGCUGACCCCAUUACUAAUGAACUUCUGCACUACACGGAGAAGCCUGAAACUUUUGUGAGUGACCGUAUAAAUUGUGGGGCAUACAUAUUUACUCCAGAUAUUUUUACUGCCAUUCAAGAUGUAUCCAUGCAACGCAAAGACAGAGCUACCCUAAGGCGUUUGUCUAGUUUUGAAGCUCUUCAGCUACCGAACAGGAGUCCUCUGUCAGAUUUUGUACGACUGGAUCAAGAUAUUCUAUCCCCACUUGCAGGGAAAAAGCAGUUAUAUGUAUAUGAAACCAUGGAUUUCUGGGAACAAAUAAAAACUCCCGGAAUGUCUUUGAAAUGUUCGGCCUUGUAUCUUGCUCAGUUUAGAUUCACCUCAUCCCACCUCUUGGCAAGUGGUGACGGUACAAAGAGCGCCACCAUUUCUGGUGAUGUAUAUAUUCAUCCAUCCGCAAAAGUUCAUCCAACUGCAAAGAUUGGUCCCAACGUUUCGAUUUCUGCCAAUGCUCGUAUAGGAGCUGGUGUGAGGCUCGUCAGUUGUAUCAUCCUUGACGAUGUUGAAAUUAAGGAAAAUGCAGUUGUAAUUCACGCAAUUGUUGGAUGGAAGUCUUCUAUAGGAAGAUGGUCUCGAGUCCAGGCUGUAGGAGAUUAUAAUGCGAAGCUCGGGGUUACAAUUCUUGGUGAAUCCGUGACAGUUGAAGAUGAAGUUGUAGUGAUCAACAGCAUAGUCCUUCCAAACAAGACUCUUAAUGUUAGUGUUCAAGAGGAAAUCAUACUGUAGUACCAUUAUGUUGUCCUUGCAUAUUAUAUAUAUUCAAUCCAGAAAAAGGCAGUUUUGCCCUGUAUGUUCUAAUUACAUGUGUCGUUCCAUAUGACUAUGAAGUACAUUAUUGUCGUAUAUUGUUGCCUAGCUAACAUCUUCAUGGAUCAUGUUGGA